AUGCAGGCUGCUGCGGGUAAAGCCUGCCGAGCGAGGAAGCUCCGGCACGCCGCUUUUGGUCUGCAAGCUCAAGUUUUUCGCUGCGCGUACGGGUCUACACAUCCUGUUGGAUCCUACAAGCAAGUCCCCAGGUCUUGUUGCCCUCGCGGCUCACUCAGCGGUAACUUUGGACUCACGGCGUGUUUGGCUGUACAACUGCACGCGCACGCGUCCAGCGGUGCGGAAGCACUGUCACUUCAACAUCACGAUCUAUCUGGGCCUAUUGCCGCCGUUCCAGCGGCGAGCGUUCGGUGGGGCUUCCAGGCAUGGGUACCGGCGUCUAAUCUCGCGCUGGGCCCGGUCCUCGUCAUCGGCGCCCUCGCCGUCGCCGCCGUCAACGGACAGACCUCGACUGCCGCGUCCACGGCGUCCUCCGCUGCUGCUGCCACGACCGCUGCGACCACGUCGGCCGUGGCGUCGACGGCUUCCUCGGCCGCCGCCGACUCAACCGCUGCUACCUCCAGCAUGGACAGCAGCAUGAACAUGACGUCCAGCGGCACGAUGGACUCGACGACCACCACCGGCAGCACGGCCGGCUCCACCGCGGUGGGCUCGGAGGAAUCGAGCCCCGCCACCGAGUCGUCCUCGACCGGAUCGGCGACCAAGGGCUCUUCUUCGGCCACGGCUUCCUCGUCCACGGCCGCGUCGGGCUCGGCCGGCUCGAGCGGCGCCUCGCAGGUCGCGAUGAGCGCCAUGGGCGCUGCUACCGCGGCCGUGCUGGCCGCAAGCGAUGCGAGCCUUCGACUUCGACUAGACUCGACGCGUAUCCCCGAGUACUUCAACCACGGCCACGCGGCUGGCAUGAAAUCCACGUGCACAAUGCUUUCGCUGGUCGAGCGAGUGGCGUCCAACCCCGGAUUUGCUCGCGAGCUUUCGCUAGGAAGCGGGCAACUUCAAUCUCCGCGCUGCAUGCUGCGCCCCUAG